CUUGCGUUGCAGUCGGAGCGCACCGAAUUCAAGCGAGCAAGCGACGCAGCGAUGGCUGACUUUAUUCGCGGGAGAUUAAACCGGCUUGUCGAGACGCGCGAUAUUAACGCAAAGAAAGAUAUUCUAACAAAAGUGAAGAUUAAACUCGAGACCGUACAUCAACGAGAAAUCCAGGAAGUGGCAAGAAAUUUUGAUCUUCUUCAACUGUUUUGUCAGCUAACCUCAAACGAUAGGGAAGUCGUUGAACGGACAUGUGAUGUUUUGAAUUCUUUCAUCGGUGCAUUGGAUGCCGGAGAGGUUCACCAACGUUACCCAGCCGCAUUCUGCCGAUGUAUAACUCACAGUGACUCGGUCGUUAAAACCGUUGUAUUGAAAGAAAUGCUGCGCACUGUCUCCGAUCCAUCCGGAGUGUCGCAAUUGCUUAAAGAUUCCGAGAUGUUGUAUACGAUAGCUGAAACCAUUGGUGAAGAAGAUUUAGAGAUUGCUCAGUUGGCAUUAGAAAUUAUAAAAAAAGUUGGAGAAACUCCAGAAGGUUUAAAAACUCUGUACUCUGGACAAUUGUUAAGAGUAUUCGGGAGGUUAUUGGCAAAAAAUGAUACCUUUAGCUUUAGAAUCUAUGAGUUUAUUAUAGCUGUAUCAAUGAAAUCUAAGGAAGCCCUAGAAGCUUCUGCUCAAUCAGGAUUAUUGUACAGUUUAUUAUUAGUUUUAGAUAACGAGGAUGUACUUCUUCAACUUAAUGCCUUAGAACUUCUUACUCAAUUAGCGUUAACGUCAGAUGGACUAGACUAUUUAGAGUCACAGAACGUUUUGAGUAAACUUUCAGAGAAAAUAGUGAGUGCCAAUGAAAAUCCUCUCUCAAAUCUUUUGAUUCCUGGUCUUAUGAAAUUCUUUGGAAAGGUUACUAGAUAUAAGCCUAACGAGAUUUUGUCGAAAUAUCCAGCUGUUGUAACUGCAUUAUUCGAGGUAUUGAAUAGCGAAGACGUAAUAAUUUUAUCGGAUGCGCUUGAUACAUUAGGACACAUAUGUUCAAAUGUUGAAGGAAAAUAUGCAUUAGAAUCGUUCGGCGAUUGCAUGCCUAAUGCAAUCAAAAAAAUCUCGGAGCUCAUUCGAGAUUCACCUGCAGAAUUGAGAAUUUGUGCUCUGAAUUGUCUUACUUUGAUUCUUGAUGUUAAGAAACCUGAGCAAGAUAACAGAAUCCUAACGGUCACCAAAUCGUGGUUUGAUUUACUUGGAGAGGAUCCCCUUGACAUCAUAAUUCCUCUCUGUAGACAACCGUUCUCAGAUAUUCGACAGGCGAGUCUUGAAGUGUUAGCUGUAAUAGCGUCGCAAACCUGGGGACAAGAAUGCAUAGCUGGUUACCCAGGACUUACGGAGUUCCUGCUGGACAGGAACACUGAAACAUAUAAAGAAUGCAAGGAAAUCAAAUAUGGAAUAAUAAAGUCUUUAUCGCAAGCUGAGCCAGACAUUUUCGAUGCAAACACUAUGCAGAGGUUUGCACAGUUUAUUUCCGAAGGACCAUUUUUUGUGGAGACAGAUGUCAGCGUUACCACCGAGGGUGCUGUGUGAUAAGCAGUUACUAUUUUGUCACUAAACCUACUUCUGAACCACUUAUAUUUGCGAUUAUGAAGCCUACAUACCUACAAAAUGGACAUUAAUUUAUGAUUUGUGGAAUUCGAUAUGAAAAGUGUAAUUUAAUUCACGUAGUAUUUUUAAAUAAACUAAAAAUAUAUCGUUGACCAUGGUGAUGUAAACAUAAAAUAAAUUCUUAUUUACAUGAA